GCUCGUUUUAAUUGCCCUUCUAAUUUCUCAACUACCGACGAUGAGGCUGAAAACACCUAGCUAGCUGGUUCUAUCUUCCUCUGGUGGGUAUAAGCGUCUUUCUGACUCUCGGCUGUCCUUCUUCAGUGCGCAGACCAAAGCUUUAACGAAGAUUCUGUUGUGAAAAAAAUGGGGCAACAAUAUCUGUUACUGUCUAUUUGUUUGUGGGCUCUAUCUAGCUCAUUGAUCCUUGAUGCUUCAUCUGAUGGCCUACUGAGAGUUGGGAUCAAGAAGAAACCGUUGGAUAUUGAUAGACUGAAUGCAGCAAGGAUUGCAAGGAAAGAGAAUAUCCAUCUUCGGAGCUGUGCUUUUAAUAGGAAUUUAGGCGAUUCUGAAGUGGAUAUAAUAUCUUUAAAGAACUAUAUGGAUGCUCAAUACUUUGGAGAGAUUGGUAUUGGCACACCUCCACAAACUUUUGUUGUCAUAUUCGAUACUGGAAGUUCCAAUAUUUGGGUGCCAUCAUCAAAGUGUUACUUCUCUCUUGCUUGUUAUUUCCAUUCCAAGUACAGAGCAACUAAAUCAAGCAGUCACACGGAGAAAGGGGACAAAUGCAAAAUUUCUUAUGGUUCCGGAACGAUUUCGGGUUUCUUUAGUGAAGAUCAUGUUCAAGUUGGAGACCUUAUCGUUAAAGAUGAAAUUUUCAUUGAAGCAACACGAGAGGGGAGUCUUACGUUCUUGUUGGCAAAGUUUGAUGGCAUUGUUGGUCUUGGAUUUCCUGAAAUUUCAGUUGGAGAUGUCCCUCCUAUUUGGUCUAGCAUGCUAGAACAAAAAUUAAUAAACGAGAAGGUCUUUUCUUUCUGGCUCAAUAGAAAUGCAGAUGAGACAGAUGGAGGUGAACUUGUUUUUGGGGGUGUUGAUCCAAAACAUUAUGUAGGAAACCAUACCUAUGUUCCAAUUAGUCGGAAGGGAUACUGGCAGUUUGACAUGGGAGAUUUUCUAGUUGGCGGCAAGUCGACAGGCUAUUGUGCUGCAGGUUGUGCAGCUAUUGUAGAUUCUGGGACUUCCUUGCUUGCUGCCCCAACUGGUGUGGUGGCCCAAGUGAAUCAUGCAAUUGGUGCCGAAGGAGUUGUGAGCAUGGAAUGCAAGGAAGUUAUAUCACAAUAUGGGGAGAUGAUACUAGAACUUCUCCUGCAACAGAUCCGACCUGGCAAGAUCUGCAGUCAAAUUGGUUUAUGCAUAUUUGAUGGUGAGCAGUAUACCAGUGCUGGCAUCGAGACUGUGGUUGAGAAGCAAAAUAAGAAAAGGACAUCCCUCAAUGACGAUCUCUUCUGCACUGCUUGUGAGAUGGCUGUGAUCUGGAUUGAAAAUCAGCUUAGAGCAAAUGAAACUAGAGAACAAAUACUGACGUAUGCCAAUGAGCUAUGUGAACGCUUGCCAAGCCCUGCUGGAGAAUCAGCUGUAGACUGCAACAAGCUUGCAAUGAUGCCAGAUAUUUCUUUCACGAUUGGAGAUAAAACUUUUAGCCUCACCCCUGAAGAGUAUGUUCUGAAGGUAGAACAAGAAGGCACGUCUAUCUGUUUAAGUGGUUUUAUGGCAUUUGAUUUGCCUCCACCACGAGGCCCACUUUGGAUCCUUGGAGAUGUCUUCAUGGGUGUGUACCACACUGUUUUCGACUUUGGUGGUAACCAGAUAGGAUUCGCAAAGUCUGCUUGAGAUGAGACCUUUUUAAUCCCGCUCUUUUUCGUAAAAGCGGGUGUAGCGUUCAUCUUGGCAUUUCAGUACUGUAGAUAAUGUGCCCAGGUAAUUUCGUGGAUAUAUGAAACAUCUAUGCGGUUGAGGAAUGUAUGCUAGUCCUGUGUCUAUAUUAAGGGUGUGAUGUGCUUGUUAUUUGGGACCAAGACAUAAAAUAUCGAGUGGUUGUAAUGUUAUUGUUCACAUGUUGUAAUUGCUAUCAGGUGUCACUUGCUUUCAGUAAUUAAUGGUUGAUAUGUUUUAUGAUCA